GGUUCCCCCCCCCCCCCCCCGGUGGAGCUCUGUGAGGGGGGAACCGCCUCAUGGCGGCCCCGUUCUCCCCGCCCUGAGCAGCGCGGUCUCCCCUUCACCUCCCGUGUCUCCCCUCUCCUGAAGCCCAUCCCUGCAGGGAAGGAACCAGCCUCUGCUGGUCGUCCCCAGAGAGCGUGGUCGCCCUGGCAAGAACGUGAUGGAAAAGCAACAUCUUCAACAUCCAUAGGGUGACUUUGUUGUCAGAUAUCCCACCAGCAUUAAGCUUUAUAAACUAUGGAAGAUCCUAAUUAGCCAAACGUGGUGGGAUGAUCCUGUGUGACUUCUUGUUUUACCUCUGGCCAUUUAUAUUUUCCUGUAAGUUUUCAUGGAUUUAGAGACUCAAAUCACGUUUUAAAGCAGGGGGUUUUUGCCAUAGCAUCUGGUCAACGCUGUCUUGGCUAAGCCAGGAAGGGUAUCCAGCCUGCAUGGACAGGGCAACAUUUGCCUGUUCCACUGCCUUUUUUCGUGACUACAACAGUUCAUCUCAGGGUGCGUUCUGUCUCCCCGGAGGACACGUUGACUUUAUUGAAAAAGUAGAAUCAUUCACUUACUCAGACUUUUUCCGGGAUUAUUUGAUUCCCAACCAUCCCUGUAUUUUCUCAGCUAAGUUCACUGAAGACUGGGGCAGCAGGAGAAAUUGGGUUACUUGGGAUGGAAAGCCUAACUUUGAUCAUCUGCUGCAGAAGUUUGGAGAGGCUGUAGUACCAGUUGCCAACUGUGAUGUCAAGGAGUACAAUUCUAACCCGAAGGAGGAGCUCCCCUUCAAGGACUAUAUAAAGUACUGGAAAGAGUACAUUAAAAAUGACUACCGUUCAUCCCGAGGGUGCCUUUAUCUAAAGGACUGGCACCUGAGCAGAGCUUUCCCCGAGCAAGAUGUGUAUACAACCCCUGUGUAUUUCUCAUCCGACUGGCUGAAUGAAUACUGGGAUGCUAUAGCAGUGGAUGAUUACCGGUUUGUCUACAUGGGACCUAAAGGUUCAUGGACUCCAUUCCAUGCUGAUGUCUUCCGUUCCUAUAGCUGGUCAGCCAAUAUAUGCGGGAGAAAGAAAUGGCUGUUAUACCCCGCAGGACAGGAGGAGUAUCUGAAAGACCGCUAUGGCAACUUGCCCUUCGACGUGACUGCACCUAGUCUUCAGGACAGGAGUGUUUACCCUCGCUACAACCAAAGUCAACCCCCUGUUGAAAUUGUGCAGGAAGCAGGGGAGAUAGUCUUCAUCCCCAGUGGAUGGCAUCAUCAAGUUUACAAUCUGGAGGAUACUAUUUCCAUUAACCACAACUGGGUGAAUGGCUGCAAUGUGGCUAUAAUGUGGUGCUUCCUCCAGGAUGAAUUAGCAGCUGUCCAGCGGGAAAUCAAUGAAUGGAAGGACCCUAUGGAUGAUUGGCACCUACAAUGCCAGUUGAUCAUGAAGUCUUGCACUGGUAUAGACUACAAAGAGUUCUACAACUUCCUCAAAGUUAUUGCAGAGAACAGGAUUUCUGUCUUGGAAAACGGCCUCGAUGAUGAAGCUUCGGCAAAGAACACUCCAAAAGCAGCCAUUUCCACCUUGGGCAUGCUCCAUGCAGUGUUUGAUUUAAAGAGGACUGUGAAGGUGUUAACAUCAUUGAGUGCUAAUGAAGAUUUCAAGAAACUAGACCUGACGUCACUUUCUCCACCUCCGGAGGCAUUGCUCCACCACUUGAAAGCAGCAAUAGAUACAGCACUACUCUAACUUCCUAUUUAUUCAGUUCUUUGUAAAAUGAACCUUUUGCAAAAUGGGUGUUUGUAGAAGACUGACUCCUCCCUGUUUAAUCGCUGUUGCAGUUUAAGUACAAAGAGCCUUAAUAUAGAGUGGGGAGAGAGUACGUUCAUAAGAAGACUAAGUUGACAGCAUUUGAGUAUCUGGAGUAAUUGGACAGGAAAAAAAUCUCAGAUAAAGGAAAAACCCAAAUCAUGUUAGUAUUAUAUUAUGACCCCUGCUACUGAGUGCACAUUCAGGGAAGGGGAAUAGAAGUUCUCUGUGGACCAAGCUUAGUUCUGUCAGGGCUAAACACUGAGACUGCAGUGGUCUGCACCAUAUUCCCUCUGCUUCCGAGAGCACUGUACACAGACAGCAAACCUGUACUGCAGGCUCCAGCAGUUAAGCUCUGCUUUGUCUGGUCACAGCUAAAUUACUUUAAGACCUGUCCUGCUUCCAGGUGCAGCUCCGCUCAGUGUUUUUGUUUUGUUGUUGGUUUUUUGUAGGUGACCCUAGUUGGCUUCCAUUGAAGCCUGAGCUGGCUGAACAGCUGUAGCCUGGAUGUAGAAGAGCUGACUGUACUAGUGUCCUGUACAGUGGUAUCUCUCUAAAGGUGAGAGUCUCAGGUAGGGUCAGCUUUCAUACUGCUCCAAGGCCUGCAGGAUUUAAUUUAACAUACUAAUCAGGAAGCUGGAGUCCUGAUUGCAAAUUAGUGCAGAUAGCAAAUCUGCCACUAAUAAUUUAAGCAUGUGAUCCACCCAGGCUCAAAAGGAGGAACUUGAAUGUACUCUUGCAUUUCUACACGCUAUUUCAAGGCACAGUAUUUUUUCGAGCAGAGAUUUGAUUAAUCAGGGAAGCUAGCAAGUAGCCUCGUAUUAUCUCCUAAAAAAGCCAUGCUGUUAACACACCAAAUAGCACUACUGCAUGGUUAUAUAGCACAAUUUGCAACCUGAAUGCUCCCCUUGGGCUAAAAGAGUAUUUCCAGUGAAGCAUGCCUCUUGCUUUUACUGGUUGGUGGGAAAGCCUAGAAGCACAAACGGCUGCACACUGUUACCUUAGUUGCCCCUUUAGGGCUCACUUGAAUUAUAGCUCAAGAACUUCCUCAAUUUUCAACCAGAUGACCAGUAAGAGCAACUAAUAACCGUAUGUUUAGAAAGUACAAUAGUAGACAUCGUCAGCAGGCUGAAAAAUCACAGUUUUCUAGGUAAUCCUGUGGAGUUUGUACAUGCAUGCAUUUUGCAUGUCCUAUUUUCUAGUAGAAGUUCUGCAUUUUGAGUAGGAAGCAGUACCUGAAAUUAAAAUCAAUACCCAGAGCAUGGAAGAAUGCAGUCUGGAGAAAACAGA